UCUGUUGUUUCGUUGUGACAGGUUUACUAGGGCGAAGUAAAAACCAUGAUGUUUUUCAAACUUAUCACCUUAGGCUUGCUUCUUGCUUUGUUUAUUCAGCCAGCAUGGACUUUCAUUGAUGGACUUUAUUGUGGCAUGAACAACUGUUAUGAUGUCUUGGGUGUUACAAGAGAUACACCAAAGAGGGAAAUAGCGUCCAAGUAUCGUCAGUUGGCGAGAAAAACUCAUCCAGAUUUGUUCAAAACGGACGAAGAAAAGGAAAAAGCUGCAGAGAAGUUCAGAGAGAUAGCUACAGCAUACGAGAUUCUCAAGGAUGACGAGUCCCGCACCGACUAUGACUACAUGCUGGACAAUCCGGACGAGUUCUACAGUCACUACUACCGCUACUACCGGCGCCGGAUGGCCCCGCGGGUGGACAUUCGUAUUGUGCUGGCCGUCACCAUCUCCAUCAUAUCCGGCAUCCAGUACUUCACCUCCUGGACCCGGUACGACUCUGCCAUCCGGUAUCUGGUCACCGUGCCCAAGUACCGGCUACGCGCGCAGCAGAUCGCCAAAGAGGAGAAGCUGCUCGACCACUUGAAGAGGAACAAGAAGAUGAGCAAGGACGACGCGCGCCAGGAGGAGGAAAAGAUCCUCCGAGAGAUUGUCCGCGACAGAAUGGAUAUCCGGGGCGGCUACGCCAAGCCGGAGUGGACGGACGUGCUGUGGGUGCAGCUGGUGCUGCUGCCCUACACGCUGGCCACCUGGGUGUACUGGUACGGCCGCUGGUUCUGGAAGUUCACCCUGCUCGGCCACGAGUACGGCACGGAGGAGAAACUCUACCUGAUCCGGCGCAACAUGGGCAUCUCGCGCACACAGUUUGACGCGAUGGAGGAGCACACCAAAGAGGACUACCUAGAGAUGGAGCUGUGGAAGAAGGACGAGUUCGCCGAAUGGAAGCGGCAGCAGGAGGAGGAGCUCAAACUCAAACUGGCCAACAGCGCCCAGCACAAGCAGUACCGGCGGUACAUGAAGAAUCACGGGCCCGGCCGCAUGUACUUUGACGACUCGUAGGUGGUCGUCGCCGCCUCGCCGCUGCCCCAACGCCCUCCCCGGGGCAGCCGGUGGACACACUAGGUACGAAUUAACCGAUAGUGAAGUAAUGCCACGUGCUGGCUGGUUGUCCAUGACAAGGAAUUUUAUCCCAGCCAGCUCUUGCUUUUUUUGUGCGUUGGAGCUUCUGAUAUUUUAUGCUGCGUUUCCUGUUAAAGCAAAUAUGUCUAGUACCAACAAACAUUCGGUUUCCUUUUUUGGCUGUCCCUUUUGUGCAGUCGCUCUUUUUGUGGACCAGCAGACUCUCGCGUUUGCCAAACAGCGGUGUGUGUUCCUCCCCUAGAUUAGACAAGUUGAAAAGCAUAUAAGCCGUGUCGCCCACCGUCACCGCUCACGUUCUACACCCAGUAGAUGACCAGGUAGGAUAUGUCCUUCAACCUGCCGAGAAGACUUACCGUGAUUACAACCGAAGCCAUAAGAAGCACAACUGUCAGUGAUGAGCGAGUCGAUUGGCCCAGUCAAAUUAUGUGUCCACCUCCCGUCAUGUAGUUUAGUGUGGAUCGUGCGACCGUGGUGUACAGGGUACCAUAUAGUCCCACCCAUCGGCUGGCGUCCCACAACACGUGUGGACCGGUGAAUGACGUGUCCGUGACAGUCUGGCUCGCCUAGAUCGGCUGAAGGGUCGUGCAAUUUGGGAGUGUCUCAGUGUUGCUCUCUCUCUUCCGCGAACUGUUUCUGCAGCCUUCACUCGCUAGGCAUUGUGCAAUGGAGAGGGUCACCCGUUCUUCUAGGAGAAGUAUGAACCUUUUUAUGUUGAGAGCGCAGCUCUUUCUGUUCUUGUGAAUGGCGCAAUAGGUGUCGGACAUGUUAAUUCAGAAAUGAAUUAUAGAUUUGAAAGCCGCUGAUAGACGGCCGAACUAACGAUCAAAGUAUUGUCCAUCUACUUAGUGCAGAGCAUGGCGUGCUGAGAUCCGCGGUGGAGCGUGGAUUCAGACAGUGGUUGAAGACUGUGAGAGUAGCGUUCUGCUGAACCGCCCUGUCUGACUGCCUAUACCAGGCUCAUUGUGGUGUAUAUGGAGGUGUAGGAAGGAAAGGAGUCAGACCCGUUUUAUAAACGCAGUCUUAUGCCAGCCAUGCGACAGAUUCGCACGACCCUGUCUCGCUUGUCGGUAGUGCUAUCCAAAACCGUUCUCGAUGGCUCCUAUUACGGUUUUAGCUGUCAAACUGCUGAUUCUCUUCGUCAACACCGGGAAUAUUGCAGUGCUGAUGUCGCCGACCAGGGUCGCGACUGCUCCCGCGUGACUGUGCUGCCGUGCUCCCCUCCCGGGGCGAACGGUGUGCCGAGACUGACAGAUCUGUGCGGCCCAGUGCCGACUAUUUUUGUGCAGAGUCGUGUGGGCUAGAGGGACGGGCGUGGGGCGCGAGUUUGCUGAGAGACCUGGGACGGGGUGGUGCUUUUCUGGUGUUUGGCAAUAGUUCGGGACAUUGUGUGCGCGUGUGUUCUAUGGAUUGAACGGCCCAGCCCGCAGUGUGCACUUCCAUCGUAUAGAUGUAAUUAUUUUGCUGGACGUUGAUGUGUGUGUUGGGUUCUAUUUAAUUGCAUUUGCAACUACAUUUCCAUGCUCCACAUAUGUGUUCGCCUGUAUUUUUACCGGACUUGUGUAAUGUGUCAAGCUUCUUGGAGAUAUGAAUGUAUCGAGUGGAUCUGUGUGGGAGCGUUGUUCUAAUUUGGAGUAUCUGGCUUCCCGUGUUUCCAGAGCGCCCUCAGUGCCGUGGCCGCCUCGUCGUUCUCCUGUCUACCUGUCAUUCUUCGCUGUCAACGCAUAAGAAUCGUGUCUGGUAAUAAAAUACGUGUUGGGGUCCGUUUU